CGUCUAUAUAUUCGUGAAAGUAGCAUGCUGCAUCGAGAGCUGGUGGAUAUAGCCUGGUGAUACGAGACGGUCUAGCAGUAGGUUAGUGCACUGCCGACAACACUCCGGAGUAGAGGUUUCUUUCGCGACCGUACCGUUUCGUACUUUGUGCUCGCCAAUCGAUCGUCGUCGCGAUUUUUGACUCAGUUUCACCCGACCCAUCGACGGUGGUUUAUUUCGAUUCCGAGUUAUCGAUAUUGCGGUGCCAGUGGUUUUAGCUCGGGUUCCGCGUACGGAUUCUUCCCCGGGCCGAGGAGAGAGUUCUGUGUCAUGCUCCGAUGACUGUGAAAGUACUCGUUGCAGUGCCCGUUACAUGUCAGCCUUGUUGCACAAUUCUGCCCCUUUAAAAUGGCCCCAGCCACCGACUAAACGCGCCGAAAUGAACACUGAAGUUUUGCAAGUGGUCCACGAGAAGGACCCGUGGAUCGAGGAGACGGCUUACGUUGCCAGACGGCACGACAGCUCCUGGCCCAACAUCGAGGAGGAAGUGGUGCAGAUCGUCGAUAAGAAGGCGAGGAGGAAGUCCUGGCACGCGAUUAAGUUCGAGAGGAAGCGUCGGAAAGGCGUUAUCGAAGGGUCGCCGCCGGAGGCCAGGCAGAAGAGGCCCUCUUGGUGGAAUAUAUUCGCGCCGCAGCAAUGGCCGAGGUCACGUAGAGCAUCGCAGGAUGCGGGAAGGGCGACCAAAGAGAAUUUUCAGUACAUGCGGAGCAAAAGCAGGAGCGUCGACCACGGAAUCUCCGCACCGUACGACCUCGAAGCUCUGAGGGCCAAAGUGGAUGGUUCGAUCCAAAGAAGCUUCGACAGAGAUCUAGAUGGCUCCAGCAACAGUCUGGCGGAGAGGAGGAAGGCCGGACCGCCGGAAAACACAACCACAUACACCGUCGCGGACAGGGACACGUUGACGUCGGUGGCGGCCCGGUUCGACACCACACCCUCCGAACUGACCAAAUUGAAUAGAUUAGCUACCCCCUACAUAUUCCCGGGACAACAACUGUACGUUCCGCUGCGGGAAGUACCUGAAAACGAUUCGGACGGCUCCACGCCUGUCGAGGACCUGCACGACGAUCUGCCGGCCGAGGAAAAGGAGCUCCUGGACAACUUGCGACCGGUGAGCCCCAAGCCCGGCCAUGUGGAACGGGUGCGGACGCCCUCGUGCACGCAGGCCAGCAGCACCGACAUCGACGAGGAGUCGGCCGUGUUCCGCGAACGCUUCCUCAAGAUCAACGUGCGCCACAUCACCGACGGCCAGGGCGUCGUGGGCGGCGUGCUGCUCGUCACCCCCAACGCCGUCAUGUUCGAUCCGAACGUAUCGGACCCGCUGGUCAUCGAACACGGUCCGGAGUCGUACGGCGUGAUCGCGCCGAUGGAGUUCGUGGUCAACGCGGCCAUCUACAACGACAUCGCGCACAUGCGGGUGGGACACAUCGAGACCAGCACCGGCGAGAAGCCGGAGAUCUACUAUCCGAAGAGCGACAAGAACCAGGACUCGCUGCUCGUUAAGGACGAGACCUUCCCGGAAUUGGUGACUGGUGACGAUGCUGAGAGUGUGUGUUCGUGUACAGAGCGGGAGGGCGACGCAUUUCCGAAGGCCUUCGAGCGGGAGCUCGUCACCCCCACGAACCAGGACGACGGCGAUUCGGAACACCACAGUCUCGAGGAACGGAGGAAGUCGCUGCUUGAUCACCACUGGGCCAUACCGUCAAAAGAUAGGCAAUCAAUUGACACAGACGAGAUGCCGAUCAUUUCUGCAGGCAUACUACAGGAAGAACAAAUCGGCGAAGAAGAUGAGGAUAGCUUAGUCAAAGAGAGCUGUCAUGAUUCCGGAAUUGAUAUUAGAGAAAGCAGCCAACCCCCUAUUGUGGCAGUACAAACAAAGAAACAAUACAGCGACGCCGACAUAGUGCUGUCGAAGGACUGGGUACCACCGAUCACGAUCGCCCCAACGAACGUGAGCAUGACUGCAGAGAUCGACGCGCCAGCCAGGAAAAAGACGAAUUCGGUGUCCUUCAGUUUGGACUCGAGCUCAGAGAUUGACUCCGGACUGCCGCCACUAUCGACCAGCAGUUCCGAAUCUAAGGAGGACACAGAAAAGGCUGAUACUAGAAAAAAUAAAAUGUUGAAAAGACUGUCAUAUCCACUGUCAUGGAUGGAAACGCUGAGUGGAGAUAAAGAAGACGAAAAGACACCUAGUCAACCAAAUUCUGCCGAUUCGCAUCAUUCUUCUGUCUUUUCCAAAGUGUUUUCAAGCUCGCCGAUCCACCUGGUCGACUUCGGCACCGGCCUGUUCCUCAACAAGACGCCGUCGGAGGACAGCGGUUCGUCAGGCGGCGGCGGCGGCGGUCCGCCAUCGGGCGGCAGCGUGCCGUCGACGACCGACUCGCCCCGGCCCGACGUCGGCUCGGCCACCUCCACCACCACCAGCUUCUUCCCGACCAACAUCAUCAGUUCGGUGGGCGCGUCGGUGGGGGCGGUCGGCGCCCAGGUGGGCGCCAUGGGGGCCCAGGUCGGGUCGUCGGUGAGCGCGAUGGGCGCGCACGUGGGCGAGGCGGUCGGCGCCACGGUGGGCGCGACCGUCGGCGCCGUUGGGCGUUCCUCUGUGGGAACCUUCAUCAGGCAACCGACUGAAGGUGGUAAAAGUAAGGUACCCGGUCCCAAACUGGAUUAUAGGUCGAUGGUGUCUGUAGAUGACAUGCCUGAACUAUUCGUUUCUUUCGACAAACUCAUACCGCGUCCGGCCAGGUCCUGCGAGGAUCCGCCGCUCUACCUGCGGCUCAGGAUGGGCAAGCCGACCAACAAGCCGAUACCCAAGUCCACGGCGCUCAUGUCCUACGGCAAGAAGAAGAUGCGACCGGAGUAUUGGUUCAGCAUUCCGAAGAACCGGGUGGACGAGCUGUACAAGUUCAUCCAGGGUUGGGUGCCGCAUCUCUACGGCGAACUCAACGAGGAACACGUUAAAGAACGAGGCUUCUCCCUGGUGGAGAUGGACACGGAACUAUGGAGCGAGGAGCCGACACCGUCUGCCAGCAGGCACGGCAGCCAGGACGGCGAGAUUACCACUGAUAUUACCAAAGAAAGCUGGGAGCUAAUCAAGGCGCCCUACGUAAAAAUCUACAGCAUUAUCAAGACGCAGACUAUGUCAGCCGACGGGAACGAUGAGGUGCUGCCCAUGUCAGACGAGUUCCGACGGGCGUUUUACUCGAGUUCGUCGGCGCCGUCGUUGGACAUCGACAUGGCGCCACCGGACCUAAUCGGCACCACCGAAAUACUGAAGGAGACGCACCGCGAGCACCUGUGUCGCCACCUGCCCGCCCGCGCCGAGGGCUACCCCUGGACGCUGGUGUUCUCCACCAGCCAGCACGGAUUCAGUCUCAACUCGAUGUACAGGAAGAUGUACAAGCUGGAGUCGCCCAUCCUGCUCGUCAUCCAAGACACCGACCACAACGUAUUCGGUGCGCUGACGUCGUGCUCGCUGCGCGUUUCCGACCACUUCUACGGCACCGGCGAGUCGUUGUUGUUCCGUUUCACGCCCUCGUUCCGGGUGUACAACUGGACCGGUGAGAACCUGUACUUCAUCAAGGGCAACCAGGAGAGUUUGAGCAUCGGCGCCGGCGACGGUAAAUUCGGCCUCUGGCUCGACGGUGACCUGUACCUCGGCCGUUCCGAGCCCUGCAAGACCUACGGCAACGAACCGCUCACGCCCAAGAUCGACUUCGUCGUCAAGACGCUCGAGUGUUGGGCCUUCAUAUCGAGUUAAGCGAUUUUAUUGAUCGAAAACAGUCCCGUGAUGACGAAUGAAUUUUAUAGCAAAAAAAAAAAAAAAAAUAUGUGAAACAAAUUAUUUGAAGGUUGUCGUCAUUAAAUGUCGACCAGUGGUGCAUAUCAAAGAAAAGUAUAAUUAUACAAAAAAGGGUUAUUUUAUUUUUUCAAUUUACUUUAGAACAGAAGCUUUAGACGUUAGUUGACAACACUACCGCACAACUGUUGGUAAAUAAAUAUUUAAUGAAGCUUCAAUUAUAGUAUCAGCUGCCGUUCACUUGUAACUGUUUCAAAUUAAGAGAUAUAGUGUGCUUCUUAUAUUUAAUACAAUUGCAGUACGCCCAACAAUCCCACUUGUUUUUAUUGUAUAUUCUAAAAAAAGUUUUGCUAUACUUAUUUUAUAUAUUACGCUUAAAUUUGCUCGUUAUAAAUAUACUAUAUCUUAAAUAAUAACUACAUAUUUUUACUUGAUUAUCUUUAGUCCUGUAUUUAUGUUUUUCUGUUAGUUUUACUAGUCAUUUUUUGUACUUGAUAAUUUUUAGAGUUUGAGUGAAUGGUGGUUAAACUGUGCAUAGUUUUAGUCAUUUGUUUCAGCUUGAGCUUACAACGAAUGACCAGCUUACAGCACUAGAAACUACCAAUUAAAAUUAAAAAAUACUUAUCCCUUAUUCCACUAACUCAGAUCAUUGUUCUUCAUAAAAUUACAUUAAUUGUGUUUAUCAUUGUUUUAAUGCCAUAAUUAAGACCAUUCUUAACUGUAAUAAUGAAAACUAAGCUUAGAACUUUACUUAUAUUUAUGUGUGGGUUGUACCACAGCUAUUUAAAAAUAGAGAAAACUUCAAGUUUAUAUAUUAGUUUUGAGAAUAUUUAAUAAAUGUAUUUUCUUUUGA